AUGGAUGCCACGGGGCAGGUGCUGCUGUUGUUGCUGGCGAUGGCCGCUGCCCAGGAGUCUCUGCUGAACGUGUGCAUGGAUGCCAAGCACCAGAAAACCAAACCGGGCAAGGAGGAUAAGCUACACGAACAGUUUGACGCCUUCUUUCCUGUCUCUUUCAGGUUCCAGAAACAUGUCCACACCUAUCGGAUUUUGCCUGACGAGGAGGAGUUUUUGGCUGUCCAGACGUCCCAGGGAGUCCCGGUGCGACGUUUCAAGACGCUGAGCGAGCUCAUUGCCCUCUACCUGCAGCCAAACCAGGGCCUGGCCUGCACUCUGCUCUUCCCUGUGGAGCGGGAGAAGGAGAAAGAGAAUGCGGAGGAGAGGGACUAUUCCGACGGGGAGGACGAGAAGCCCCCCCUGCCCCCUCGCUCGGGCUCCACCAGCAUUCCUGGGGGCAGCAGCCCCUCCCUCCUGACGACAACCCCCCCUGCAGUGCAGGACCGAGCCCUGGAAAGCCCCACCAAUGGACUCAGCACCAUUUCCCACGAAUACCUGAAAGGCAGCUACUCCCUGGACCUGGAGGCGGUGAAGGGAGGGGCCAGCAACCUGCCCCACCUCAACAAAACCCUCGUCACGUCCUGCCGACGCCUGCACAGGCUUGUUUACUUCCAGACUGCCGGGCAGACAGGAGAAGGGCAGGAGUUGGACAGCUUGGUCCUGAAGCUGUCCAUCUUGAAGGACUUCCUCUCCAAUAUUGAGAAGAAGGCCCUCAAAGCUCUCCAGGACAUGAGCUCCACCGCCCAGCCUGGACCGGCUCAGCCAUCUUUUCGCAAAGUGAAGAGCAUCCCCGUUCAAACAUUCGAGGUGAAGCUGGACCUGACCUUGGGCGACCUGACCAAAAUCGGGAAGUCACAAAAGUACACCUUAAGUGUGGACGUGGAAGGGGGCAAGUUGGUGGUCUUAAAGAAGCAGAAAGACUCCCAGGAGGACUGGAACACCUUCACGCACGAGAGGAGUAAGUCUCCCACCCCCUUCGGUCUCAACAACACCAGCGAAGUCCUCUGGGGGAGGAAGCCACAGGGGGGUGGGGGUCCUCCUCUGUCCCCCCCCAUUGACACCCCCCCGCCCCCGAUGUCCCUCCAGAUCGCCAUGCAGUCCCUCUGGAACAUCAAAAUAGCCGUCCUGGUGAAGCCGGAGCACGAGAAUCGGAUCAGCCACGUUGGCACCUCCAGCGUCAAAACUGGCAUCGCCAACACUCUGGGCAACAAAGGGGCCGUCGGGGUCUCCUUCAUGUUCAACGGCACCUCCUUCGGCUUCGUCAAUUGCCACCUCACCUCCGGUAACGAGAAGACGGCCAGGAGGAACCAGAAUUACCUGGACAUCCUGCGCCUUUUGGCCCUGGGUGACAAGCAGCUGAGCUCCUUCGACAUCUCCCUCCGCUUCACCCACCUCUUCUGGUUUGGGGACCUCAAUUACCGUCUGGACAUGGACAUCCAGGAAAUCCUCAACUACAUCAACCGCAAGGAGUUUGAGCCCCUCCUCAAAGUGGACCAGCUCAACCUGGAGAAGGAGAAACACAAGAUCUUCCUGCGAUUCAGUGAGGAGGAAGUCACCUUCCCUCCUACCUACCGCUACGAGAGGGGCUCCCGCGACACCUACGUGUGGCAUAAACAGAAGCCCACAGGGGUCAGGACCAACGUCCCUUCUUGGUGUGACCGCAUCCUCUGGAAAUCCUACCCGGAGACACACAUCAACAGCACUUCCUAUGGCUGUACAGAUGAUAUCAUGAGCAGCGACCAUUCUCCGGUCUUCGCGGCCUUUGAAGUUGGAGUCACGUCUCAGUUCGUUUCCAAAAAAGGCCUCUCCAAAUCCUCAGACCAGGCCUACAUCGAGUUCGAGAGCAUCGAAGCCAUUGUGAAGACAGCCAGCCGGACAAAAUUCUUCAUUGAAUUCUACUCCACCUGUCUGGAAGAAUUCAAAAAGAGCUUUGAGAACGAUUCCCAGAGCAGCGACAACAUCAAUUUCUUGAAGGUCCAGUGGUCCUCCAGGCAACUGCCCACGCUCAAGCCAAUCCUCUCGGACAUCGAAUACUUGCAAGACCAGCAUAUCCUGUUGACCGUCAAAUCCAUGGAUGGCUACGAGUCCUACGGAGAGUGCGUCAUCGCCCUCAAAUCUAUGAUCGGGAGCACGGCGCAGCAGUUCCUCACCUACCUCUCCCACCGGGGGGAGGAGACGGGCAACAUUCGGGGGUCCAUGAGGGUUCGGGUCCCAGCAGAACGGAUGGGGACUCGGGAGAGGCUGUACGAAUGGAUCAGCGUCGACAAAGAUGAGAGCGGAGCUGCUAAGGGGAAGCUGCCUCAUCCGGCAUCACGGACCAACCUGGAGCACAGCAAAUCCGUUGGGCGCAAACAUUCCUUGGGGGAAGGUCCCACCUGUCCUGUUGGGAAGAUCUUAGAGGACCAGGAGAAGCCCAGUGUCCUGACAACCAGCCGCCCGCCUGCUCCGCAUCGUGGUACCUCCAAGGAGGAGGCCUCCCAGGGCAGGUCGAAGCAGGAGGGGGCUAUGGACCCCGAGGCCCCCCCAGUGAAGAACAGCUUCAACAACCCCGCCUAUUACGUGCUGGAGGGGGUCCCACACCAGCUCCUCCUCCCGGAGUUGUCCCUGGCGACCUCGGCCAAGCCCCCCGCCCCCCGGAACAAGGUCCAGAUCACGGUGCCCAUCCAGCUGGAGUCCUGGCGCUGCCCCCAGCCGCCCGCCCAACGGGCUGAGGAGAACGCCGAAGAGGAGGAGGCAGGGGUCCUCAACCUGCCGCCCCCGGACUUCCCGCCCCCUCCCUUGCCCAAAUCGGUGGCCUUGGAGAUGGCGGAGGGGCCCCUCUACACCCCGGUGGGCGGCCGAGGAGAGGACCAGGCGGCCGGCAAGCCACGCGCCACCGUGGUCUUCAGCGAGCCCCUCAAGACCAAGCCCCCCAAGCUGCAUCCCCGGCCGGCCCCAUCCCUGGGGGCGGGGUACCUCCUGGACGCCCCCACCGGACCCCAGGUCGGCCCGGGCCUCCUGGACGACCGUUCCUGCUCCGUGCUCCAGAUGGCCAAGACCCUCAGCGAAGUGGAGUACUCCAGCGGGGGCGGCCUGGGGAGGGAGCAGGCGGGCCGGCCCCCCUCCCACCCACUGAGCAAAGUCCGGCUGGAUCUGGCCCACCGCUGCCUGCCGCCCGACUACAGCCGCCCCGGGGGCUUUGCUGCGCGCUCCAUCCGGGAGAGCAUCGAAGAGGCCGAAGAGAGCCUGACCCAGGAGGGCCAGAGUGCCGGCUGCAGGCGCAGCGAGUCCAGCGUCGGGGAAUGGCUGAGCGCCAUCGGCAUGGAGCGCUACGAGGAAGGGCUCAUCCACAACGGGUGGGACGAUCUGGAGUUCCUCAGGUGAGUCUCCGGUCGGCCGUUUGGUCUAGCGGUUAAGGCGCCUGCCUAGAAAGCGGGAGACGGGGAGUUCGAGUCCCGCCUUAAGGUGAAAACAGCUGGGUGGCUUUGCGCCAAUCACUAGGAGGUGGAGAGUUCUAGUCCUGCCUUAGCCGUGAAAGCCAGCUGGG